AUGUUCAAAUUGAAUAUUGAGUUAUUGUAAUCAAUUAGCAACUUCAACUCAAAGUAAAUUUGCUUAGAUAGAUUCCUACUAAAACAUGGAAACUUUAUUUGUGAUUAGACUCAAUAUCGAAUAAUAAUUUCAUCCAUGUGUGUUUGUAAAAAGGGUAUUAUGAGGAUUCAUUAGCACAAUUCUGUUAGCCAAUAAGUGGAGAUGCAUUUGUAGUGGAAUUAGAAGAAUGUGAUGAUGGAAAUUUUUUUAUCCUUUUGA